AUGCUGAAAGAUCACUCACAUGCAGGCGAGGGCUACAAUCUUUUGCCGUCGCCAUGGCAACUUGGCUUGUCCGACCGACAAGAGUCUGGCCGGGGAAGGCCUUUUCCGGGACCAUCUGGCACCAGCCCGCCAGACGCGUCAGACGAUACACAAGCAGCAACCGUGGAGCGCCAUCUUUUCGGCCCAGAUUCAGAUGCCAACCGAUUCCAGUUGUCGAUUGAGCGUGACAUGCACGCCAGUUACCUGCGCUGUUGGAUCGGGGUUCGAGUUCCCUUGACCCCAGCAACCAGAGGAGAUCAGAAGUCGCCGAAAUGGGAAAUGGAUGAAGAUGUCAGCCAGGGAAAUCGGGUGAUUCAAGAGGAGCAGAAGACGGAAUGGUCAGGCGAGAGGUCGGACGGUGCCUCAGGGACAAACUAUCCGGCCGGAUGGCCUCCAAGUGAUCAAUCCCUAUGGAAUAUGGCCGAACGGCGCCUGAAUGUUCUGUGUAAGUCUUGUAAUAAUCUGAGAAGGUAA